AUGGCGGUAUGGCGCGGGGACAUGCUCUGGAACGGUGGCAGGAGCUUGCCACUGCUGAACUUCUGGCGGCCCAAGAACUUUCACCUCCACGACAUGCCAGACCUAACCGGCAAGGUGGCUUUCGUCACAGGGGCCUCUACCGGCAUUGGCCUGGAGGUUGCGCGGCAGCUGGCGCGAGCCAAUGCCACGGUCUACGUGGGCUGCCGGGACGUGGCACGAUGUCUCGAGGGUGCGACGGCACUGCGCCUGGACUUGGCCGACCUGCAACAGACGGCAGACGUGGCUGAGUGGCUGGCGGAGCUGCCGGCGCUGCACAUCUUGGUGAACAACGCCGGGGUUGCCACGCAGUUUCCGCACAACCUCACAAGGGAUGGUGUGGAAGCCACCUUUCAGGUGAACUAUUUGGGCCACUUCCUGCUGACGCGGCGGCUGCUGCCGCUGCUGCAGCGCAGCGGGGCGCGGGUGGUGCAGCUCACCUCGGGCGCGCACCGCGCGGCGCCGGGCGCGGGCGUGCCGCUGAGCCUGGCAGGCAUCAAUGACCAGGGCGCUAUGGGGCCAUACGUGCGCUAUGGUACUGCCAAACUGGCAAGUCUGCUGCUGGCACAAGAAGUGAGCAGGCGGGCAGACCGCGUCUACAGCAAUGCAGUGCACCCCGGAGUGGUUGCCAGCGACAUGCUGCGCCUGCCCAACUUCCAAGCCAUGCUGGGAGCCUACCUGGGGCCUGUGGCCUUCUACGUGGCCAAGCUGCGGAACCGACUCUUCGCCUACAGCGUGGAGGAGGCCGCCUUGAGCCUGCUGUUCUGCGCGGCAUCACCAGAAGUAGAGGCGCGGCCGCUGCGUGGGGCCCUGGUGGUGCCCACCGCGCAGCCUUGGCCCCCGCGCCACCCAGCCGCCGAGUCCGGGCACGGCACGGAGCUUUGGGACUUCAGCGCCGCGGCCUGCGACGGAUCUAACCAAACGUCUGGAUGUUGGCCCUGGGGAGCGUUUGUCGCCAGCUGCUGGCUGUCCGCCUUCCGCGCCAAGUACUUGUUCCCAUACACAGUUGACCUCAUCCUGCUGGGCUUGAUCCUUGCUUGGGUCGCCAGCGUGCUCGCGGCGGUCUACGCGCGUUUCCGUAUCAGCGAGCCAACUUGGUACACCUACCUUUGCUGUGCUUUGGGGAUCGCAGUACUUGCCGGGCCCUGCUGCGGCGACUGGAUCUUCCGCAGCCUCACACAGCACUACUACCGCGUGGGGGACCUCAAGACAAUCACGGGCGUGGACGUGGCUGUUGAGAAGGGUGAUUCCAUGCUGGAUGCUGGAAUCGUGGAGUUUGCAAAGGGCAACUACCUUGAUGAGAUGAGGUCUUGGCACUUCAAGCACCACACGGCCUACUGCGUGGCUCCUGUGGUGACCAACCGCACGGCGGGGCCAAGCACCGGGUCCUACGACUUUUGGGCUGUGGGCAAGGGCUGCUGCUCUCUGACAUCUUCCGACUUUCGCUGCGGUGCUUGGGGGCAUCCUCAUGCUGAUCGAGCCAUCCGUGUGCUUGCAGAUGAGGAUGUACCCUACUAUCGCUUGGCGGUGCAGCAGGCAGAGACCCUGUAUGGGGUGGUGGCGGCCAAUCCGGUCUUCUUCAAAUGGUCGGAUGACCCACAAGCCGAGGUGGCCGCUUGGUUCUCUCAGGCAUGGAAAAACUUCUUCUUCAUCUCCUCAACGGCCUUCCUUGCCUCUCUGCUCUCCUUGAGUUGUGUGGCCUACCGCUUCUCUUGGCUGGCGCCUGGCUACUCGACAGAGCUGAACGGCAAGUACACCUACGGCACGCCAGGGCAACGCGUGGAGCCCCACCACACGGUGCUGGACCUUUGCGCGGCGCCGGGCUCGAAGACCUUCCAGAUGCUGGAGGCAAUGCAUUGGCCACAAGCGGAAGGCAGUCCGCCUCCUUCCGGCAUGAUUUUGGCGAACGAGCUGCAGUGGCGACGCGCCAACAUGUUGACUCACCAGGUGGGUCGAUUGGGGUCGCCAUGCAUGGUGGUAGUGAACUGUGAUGCACAGUUUUUCCCUGAGAUGUCAAGCGUGAGCAGCUCAGGUGCCCGUGAAAUCUUCCGCUUUGACCGGGUGCUGUGUGACGUGCCGUGUUCCGGCGAUGGCACCUUGCGGAAGAACCCGUACGAUGCGAAGAUCGAUUGGCGCAAGCAACACCUUGCGCCCGCCAGGUCGUGCGAGGUGGAUGGAGCGCUGCUGGGCAUGGCGGCAGCUCAGUGCGCGCGACUGGGUGAUGGAAAGCCAGUGGCUUUGUGCCCCAGCGGCGUUGGCACAUUGCUCUGCGCUUUUGCCGCCCCGCGGCUGCAGCAGUGCGGCAGCCGCGCAGUGGUGGAGAUGGCCCAGGCGGCGAUGACCUCUGGCUGUGUGGAGCCCGGCUUCCUGCGCGCAGCCAUGGCUUUCUUCGCGCAGAGCCCGGGCUUCACGGCUGCCCGCGAUGUGGCUGCAGCGGCCAAAGUGCUGCUAAGCAGCCUACGCGAGGGCACCUUCCUGGACCACGAAGGGGCCUUGCAAGGCCUCGCAGAGGCGGCUCAGCCCUUUUUCACAGUCCAGCGUGCCACAGCCCCGGUGGUCCGGGAUGCGGCCGAGUUUGUGCACGCAGUUGCUCACGCGAUAGGAGGCCUGGCGCUGAACAAGGAGGAGCUGCACAAGGCGGCGUCCGCCAUGACUGCCGCCUUCGGUCUCAUCCGCCGGAAUAUGCAUUUGGCCACGGCCCGGGAUGCUGCAAUGACAGCGGGCGCCGUCGCGGCAGCAUGGCAGGCAAUGCCACAGGAUGUUCUUUGGCCAUGCCUAGAGGACGUGGCGCAAAUGGCCCGCUUCAAGGGCGACGGCUUCAGCUGCCAGGACUUGGCGUAUGUAGCGCAAGCCUUCGCCAGACUGGAGCGGCCCAAUGAUUUGUUUGCGGAUGUUCUGGAUAUUCAGCUCCACCCAGAGAGCGCCUCGGACCGGGACCUUUGUUUUCUGCUUUGGGCUGCUGCCGUGGUGCCCAACUGGUCCAGCCAUCAGUUUUUAGCCAACAUCUUGGAGGAACUCGGGCGGCGUGAGCCGUCCAAGAUCGGCACGCAAGACCUUUGUACGCUCGUGCAGUCCCUGGUGAAGCUGUCGCAUCCUGCGCGGCCACUCUUGCGCACGUACCUCGCGGAGGGCUUCACAAGGGGUCUUUCCGCCAAGGAUGAAGCUUGCCUGGUCCGCGCGGCUGCGGCAAAGGACGCCAGCCCUACAAACUGCGCUCCUCCGCCAGGCUUGGUGCAGGUGCAAGAGCAAGGAAGCCAAGGCGGAAUGGGCCAUGGCCACCAUGACAGUGCUCAUGGCGAUGCCCAUGCGGAGAUUGCCUGCCACACCUCCCAUGGCUCUCAUGGCCACCAUUUUCACGGCUGCCAUGAAGAAGGUCAUGCAAAUUCCUGCGGACACGCGCACGGCCACAUAGACGGCGACUCGCACCAGACUCAUGCGUGGGCCUGCGAAACAGAGGACUGCCACAACACCGAGAAGCGGCUUGAAAGGAAGGCCAUGGAGGCCAAGACAGAGCACGUUGUGGCCGGCAGCUGUGCGGAUGAGACUUGCUGCCUGGGUCUGAAAGUUGCAGAAUGUUCAGAUGCUGACUCUGUCAGCAUGCUGCAGCGGCCGCCAACUGAGGCCAAGCCCCACAUCAUUGGCUUGCGCCGAGAAUCAGUACCUGUCUACAGGCGUGGCAAGAUCGCGUCGUUCAAGACCUCCUACUCGGGAGUACUCUCAGUUGGUCAGCCGCCUCAAGAGAUGCGCGUAGUAUUUGACACUGGCUCUGGAAACAUUGUCCUUCCUGCAGCCGAGUGCAAAAGCGAGGCCUGCCUGAUGCCACACAGAAAGCUGUACAGCCAGAGCCAAUCCAAGACAGCAAUGCCCAUCAACUCUGAUGGCUCUCGUGUGCAUGAUGGCGAGUUGGGAGAACAGGUCACCAUUGGAUUUGGCACCGGCGAGAUUACGGGUGAGUUUGCCAAGGAUGUCGUGUGCCUGGGUCGCAGCAACGCUUCUCAGAAUGCAUCAGACCCCGUAGACUACAACCCGAUUUGUGUGGAGAUGAGCGUGAUCGUUGCCGUGGAAAUGUCCUCACAGCCUUUCAAGACCUUCCAGUUCGAUGGAAUCCUUGGGCUCGGCCUGCCUGGACUCACCAUGAAUAGGAACUUCAGCACCUUCGACAUGAUCGUUCACUCUGGCUUGGCUGCAAAGCCCCGCUUCGGCGUGUUCCUCUGCGACGGCGAAUUCGGUGAGGAGAGCGAGGUGGCGAUGGGAGGCCUCGACCCUCGCCGACUGCUGGAACCUAUUACUUGGUCUCAUGUGGCAAUGGAGGAUCUCGGCUACUGGCAAGUCCGCAUCCGCGCCGUGCGCGUCGACGGGGAAGAGCUAGAGGCCUGCAAGGAUGGCUCCUGUCGGGGUGUUCUGGACACUGGCACCUCACACCUUGGGGUGCCGGCGCCCUUUGACAAGGACCUAGAGCGCCGCUUGAAGCAGGAUGCGGGAGAUUUGCUGGACUGCCGCAAUGCACAAGCGCCGCAGCUGGACAUCGAGUUGUUCGAGGGGAAGGUCAUCACCCUUUACCCUUUCAACUACAUGCGCCGGCUGCCUUUACGAGAUGGCGUCUCGGUAGGCUCCGCUGCAGGCGUACGAGCUGACUCAGGUGAUCUUGCUGCGCAAAACGGCAACUUGUCGACAAGGCGGCACUGCAGCCCAAGGCUGAUGGCAGUAAAGCUGGCAGAGCCGCUGGGCCCGAAGAUCUUCAUCCUUGGCGAGCCCGUUCUGCACAGGUACUACACCAUCUACGACUGGGAGCAGAAGAAGGUUGGCUUCAGCCUAGCGAAUAGCCGGCGCAACACCAUGGACCCCGCGCAGCAGCGGGGGCAGCGGGGCCAACUGCCGCAGGAGGUUGACAUGCUCCUGAUGCAGAAGACAAUGAAAGUGUCGCGGACGAGAGUAGUCGAAGAGGACUCCUCUUCCGAGACGGUCUUCCUGCAGGUGCACAUGACAGUUUUCCUGCAAUGA